AUGCAAGUCUGCACUGAUUACGGCAGGAGAAUUGAGGCCAAUCUUCGAGCCUUCAACGACGACGGGAAGCUGGAGCGCAAAUAUGCGAUCGAGGGUGGAAAGUGGACCCGAACCAAAUCUGCUAAGAAUAUCUGGAUCAACGAGGCUCAGACCAGAUACUACUUACCUUCGCAUCAGCUCGUCACGGGUUGUAGAGAAGGAUCGAGUGAGCUCGAGAGAGUUAUCAGCGAAUUUGAGGUGAAGUAUGAGAGCGACUCCACUGAAGCUUGGGAAUCAUGGGAUGAGCUCCAAUACCUGAUGAGAAACAUCUUUGUCAUUGAGCGGUGCAAACCUCAUUACGAGUGCACCUGUCCACAAGGUCGAACUGGAGUCUGCAAGCAUGUCAUAGGAGUAUACCUGCUCGAGAACAAGCUGAAAGGAUACAAUUGGAAAGAGUUCACCUUACCGGGAGGGUCGCCUGAGGGGAAACCAAGGUGA